GUAGAACAUGUAUCAAGAGAAUGGAUUAAAUAUGUCUGUUUAAACAAACAAAAAACCAGAGUAACUAGCCUAGAGGAGGGAAGAGAUAAGGAGAAAAGGAAGGAAGAAUAUAUCUAAAUAACAAGAAUUUCGUAGAAUUAACCCAGGCAAUGCAGCAGCACUGGUCUGGAGGAGGGAGCUGUCUGGUUCCUCAGCAUCUAUCCAGCUCCAGUAGACAUGCAGUUAUCCAGCCAGGAGGGACAUGAUUUGGUGUAAGCAGGUCCUGCCUCCACUGUGAGCCCCAAGGACCAAUCCCUGAGGCCUGCCUUGAUGGUGGUGGUGGGGAGAAAAAUGGCGACCCCCCCAUUGUCUUUUCCAUGGACCCAGUGUCCCAAAUCACUCCAUUUGAGCUGUCCUCACUGUGCCACAGGUGCAGAUGAGAUGGUCUGUCUCGCUCUGCCGACUCCCAUGGCCUGGUGCUUGGCUGGGAUUUAAACUCCCACUCCAUGCACCCUGGCACUGGGGAAGUGCCUCUCUAUACUGACCGAUAUGUGGUCCAGGCUGGUUUUGUCCUGUGCUGCAGCACUUCAGGGAGGACCACUUUCUCCUGCAGACUGUGCCCUGACCUACCAGUGAAACUGGGGGUGGCUCCCCUUCUCCCAAGGUGCAUGAACAGGGCAGCCAGCCCCAGUCUGAAGAAAGCCCUGCAGUUAGAGAUGGGAUCCCUCUCCAUCCUGGUCCAAGGUUUUUCUCUUGUCCAGAUACAGUCUUAUUCUUCCCCCGCCGCUCUUUCUCUUCCCUUUGUCUCUCUGCAGAAGGGGAUCUCUCCCCUCCAUGCCUAUGCAGCCCAUUUUAUCUUCUCCAGUUUGCAAUCACCCACCUAUAGCCCAUCAGGUUGUCCUGGUGUCUUCUUGUUAGACUCAGUCUCUUUUCCUCAGAGUCUCUUGGGGUUCAAAGUCCUUUGACUUCAGCCCUUCUUUGUUUGAGAGAUGUGGGAAGUAUAGAUCCCCCUACUUCUCUGCCAGGUUGGUCGGCCUCCCACCCAAAAUUUGUAUUUAGUAGAUCAGAUGUUGAUCUUUGCUUUGGAGAAUAUGGUGAUGAUAUGUAGCAUCCUAGGAAAGAGGCACAAGAGAAACUGGCAUGGAAUCGUCUCUCCACACUCUUCACCACCAAUAGCUGAAGAAUGUCUGGAAAGGGCUGGGGAUGCUGCCCACUGGGGUUUACUUAACAACUGGAAAGUUCUCCCCUCCACCUAAAGCAAAGAAAAAUCUAAGCCUCUAGAAACUAGAAGCUUUGGAAGCAGCCCAAUUAAUUGACUGUGUGAGAGAGACCUUAUGAAAAAAUGGUGGGUACAAAGACUGAAGGACCUGCUCUACAUUGCCUCUACACUGAUCAAUCUAGGAAAGCACAGACUACCUAAAUAGAAAACUGAGUACUGGAUAGGUGCAUCACAUGAGCGUGACAGUAGCAGAGAAUGGUAGCAUCUCUAGGGGCAUUCACCAAGUACCAGCAAGAAAACUCUUCCUGGAAAUUUCCAAGCUGAGACAAAGGGAUGGGAACACUCAGGCAAUUGUUAGGCAGUGACCAACAAAGCUCUGAGUGGAGGGAGAAGGACGUAGAAUGUUUUCAAGUAAAAGUACCCCUGGUCAUAUGCUUUCUCUAGAAGCCAUAAUCAUAAGCUGAGGAGACUGUAUGUGGAGGGAAAUGCCAAACAACCUGAACUGGAAUAAGGCCCAUCUUCUCAGUAGCAAUUCCAAAGUCCAAGUGGGAAAAAGCAGUCCUAGGAAGAAUUCCAUUAUAGCUCAGUGAGGGCUCAGGAACAAUUUAGAAACACUAUAUACCAUUUGAAUGUUCAACAAGGUUACUUAGAAAAAAAAAGCCUCAGAAAGUUAAGUAGAAGCUAGUGUUCAGUUUCAAACCAACAGGAGGAAGAAGUAUGGAGCCCCUUCCUAAAAAUGUACCUUCCUCAUUUUUCUUUCGUAAUUCAUAUUAGAUACAAAAAAUCAUGUUUUCUUUUAUAUAUUACAUUCAUAUUAGGUCCAUCACAUCAGUCCUGAUCCAAGCUGGAGAUAUCCUGUAGGAUUGUACUUUGGCAAAGGCAUUUAUAUAGGGUUAACCAAUGUAACAUCAUUCGAGCAUUCAAUAAAUACACAUUUUUAGAACAACUACUUCAUGCCAGGUUCUGUGCUAGUGCUGAGGACAGAACAGUGAGCCAGGCAGAAAUCAACUCCGCUGUCUUGUAUAUUUCUAAUGACCUGCUUUGAUACAGGGCUUACACAGGUCUACCCAGGCUUUCUUUUUCCUCCAUGUAAUCAGAUUUUUCAGCUUGAAAUAACAUACUUAGCAGUAGAUACUUGUCAAGUCUGUGGCUACCUUUUUCUUAAUUUUUUAAAUGUUUUUAUUUAUUUUUGAGAGACACAGAGAGACAGAGCACAAGUGGGGGAGGGGCAGAGAGCGUGAAACACAGAAUCUGAAGCAGGCUCCAGGCUCUGAGCUGUCAGCACAGAACCCAGUGAGGGCUCAAACUCACAAACUGCAAGAUCAUGACCUAAGCUGAAGUCGGACGCUUAACCGACUGAGCCACCCGGGUACUGCACCCAGUAUCUUUUGAAUAUUCUUCCUGUAUUUGGGGAUUUUCUUCAAGAUAUAAUUCCUGUCUCCUUAAGGCAGAAUGCAAACUCAAUUUCCAAGCCUUUCUUGAAGCUUGGGUACAGGCAAUGACCUAUUGUCAACUGGGGUCCACAUGAUUUCUCUGAUUGAGAAGACACCAACGCAAGGAUGCAAAAUUCAUGAAAAAUCCACUUUCCAGAGGGUGUGAGGGUGGAAGAAUCUGUUUUUCCAGGGAAGCAUGGGUGAAGUUUUUGGCAUCUGGAGUAUAGCAGUGCAAAUUAUGGUGGUGUCUCACUGCAGCUGGCCCACAGAAUGGUUUGUUUUUGACUGCACAGAUUAUUGGCCUUUCUGGCCAUACCAGAGGUACUGUGAGAUACCUAAGAUUCUCAAUUGCUUAUCUUUUAAAAACCAGUUAGAGUGAGUUCUAUUCUUUGUAAAAUAUUGUGACUAAUGCAUAUACUGAGCUACUGUUAUGUGCUAGACUCUAUGCUGGCAUAUUCCUAUGUUACUUUGAUUAAACUUCAUAAACUUCAUUUAAGGUAUAAAUUCUUAUACAUUUUACAGAUUAAAAAACUGAGAUUCAAAAGGUCACUUUAUUCAAUCUACAAUACUAAAAACCUGCUGUGUGACACCCACUGGGAAUAGAAUAUUGAAGGAAAUAGUUCCCUGCAACUGUAAAAAGAAUGGCAUAUUGUUUUUAAAUGUCCCCUUAUCAAAAUAAGAAGCACCAAAUGGCAGAUGUCUAGAGAGAAGGACCUCAGGCCAGUAAAGGCCUCAUUUUAAAUAUAGAAACCCCCUAAAAAUAGCCACCCAUGUUACAGACUCAACAGGUGAUUGGCCCAAAAAAAAGGGAGUGGAAUCUAGGCCGUGGUGAAGGAGAGUGAAAGGGCAGUUCACUGUUUCCAGCUUCUCUCACCACAAUGGCUCUGCCUCUGAGGUCCCUGAGUCGGGGCUUGGCAAGCACAGCAAAGGGAGACCAUGGAGGGGCAGGAGCCAGCACUUGGCGCCUCCUGACCUUCGUGCUGGCGCUCCCGAGUGUGGCCCUCUGCACCCUUAACUCCUGGCUCCACGCGGGCCAUCGUGAACGCCCCAAGUUCAUCCCAUACCACCACCUCCGUAUCCGCACCAAGCCUUACUCCUGGGGAGACGGCAACCAUACUCUUUUCCAUAACCCCCGUGUCAACCCUCUGCCCACCGGCUAUGAACAGUGAAUGGCCCUGAGGCCCCAGUGGAUGCCCCCAGCCCCAAUAAAGGUGUGAAAACUGUGUGUCCGCAGGCUCUCUGGGGACCAGGAUAGGGGCUGGAGGGGCCUCCAAGGAGUUCCACUGGGUGCAUGCGCACAAUGCAGUCUGUGGUCUACAUGCUCUUCCCAAGGCCGUGAUUUGGGAGGUGCUCCAGGGAACAUCCUUGAUGACUAGGUAGGAGAUCUCCAUCCUCCCUUUCUCUCACCUAUUGAUAAUUAGGGCUAUAGCCUGUAAAGGUCUUUCACAUAACACUAACCUCACAGUAACUCUGGGAACAAGAUAUAAUUUUGGUUCCCCUUCUCCAGACGAGGAAAUGAGAUUCUUAGAUAUUAAAUGACUUAAAUAAGGGCCCUCCUCAGAAGUCCCUGGAAACUCAGGGCUGCAGACUCUGAAGUACCACUUGUCUCUUGACAUUGAUUCACAGCUUUUGUGAAUUCUGGUUUUUGGAAACAACCCUGAUUUCAAACAGAGGAACUAUAGCCUUAUCUGUGAGUCUUCAUGACCUAGUUUUGGAUUUGGAAUAUUUUAGCUAUUCUCUAUGACCACCCUUAAUGAGUCUUCUGUAUUAGUUUGGGAAAUCAUAUGCUCCUUUCUGGAAGCCUGGCUCUCCUAGCCUCUGGGGAUCUCAUUCAAGGGAGAGAUCGGUUCAAACAAGUUCAGGGCAUUUCACUCACCUCUUAGGACAGUCUGCUCACUUCACAUUACCAAAGAGCCUGAAGCCUGUGCUGAAACCCGUGAGAAACAGACACAUUGAGUUCUUCCUUUGGCUACUCCCCUGAUGCU